GCCUAGGAGGUAGCUCUACGUCUGAGGCCACGCCUUCCCAGCGAGUCGGAAAGCCGCCGCCGUUGCCAAGCAGCCUUAGAUACCUGGACACGGGAUGCUGGGCGGUGUCAGGUGGUGAUGGUGGUCGCUGUGCCUGAGCCGGACAAGAUGAUUUUAAAGUUCAUAAAGAAGAAUAUGUGAAAGUAGCCAGAGAAAUUGUAAAAAUUAAAGGUAAUAGAGGGAUUAGCUCUCCAGCCUCACCAUAUAUUAUAACAUAAAGGUAAUCAUGGAGAAAGAGCUUCAGAGCACCAUUCUUUUCAAUGCAUACAAAAAGGAGGUAUUUACCAACAAUAAUGGCUAUAAAUCCAUGCAGAAAAGACUUCGGAGUAAUUGGAAGAUUCAAAGCUUAAAAGAUGAAAUUACAUCCGAGAAGCUAAUUGGAGUGAAACUGUGGAUUACAGCUGGGCCAAGAGAAAAAUUUACUGCAGCUGAGUUUGAAGUCCUGAAGAAGUACCUUGACAGCGGUGGAGAUAUCCUUGUGAUGUUAGGAGAAGGUGGAGAAUCCAGAUUCGACACCAAUAUUAACUUUCUACUAGAAGAAUAUGGAAUCAUGGUUAAUAAUGAUGCUGUGGUUAGGAAUGUAUAUUACAAGUAUUUCCAUCCUAAAGAAGCCCUAGUUUCCAAUGGAGUCUUGAACAGGGAAAUUAGCCGGGCUGCAGGAAAGGCUGUGCCUGGAAUCAUUGAUGAGGAGAGCAGUGGAAACAAUGCCCAGGCUCUCACCUUUGUCUAUCCCUUUGGUGCCACACUGAGUGUCAUGAAACCAGCAGUGGCUGUUCUGUCCACAGGCUCUGUCUGCUUCCCACUUAACAGACCCAUUCUGGCUUUCUAUCACUCGAAGAACCAAGGUGGGAAGCUGGCAGUGCUUGGCUCAUGUCACAUGUUCAGUGACCAAUAUUUAGAUAAAGAAGAAAACAGCAAAAUCAUGGAUGUUGUUUUCCAGUGGCUCACAACAGGAGACAUUCACCUAAACCAGAUUGAUGCUGAGGACCCAGAGAUUUCCGACUACACGAUGCUUCCUGACACAGCCACCCUGUCAGAGCGGCUUCGAGUGUGUCUCCAGGAGGGCGACGAGAACCCGCGGGACUUUACCACCCUCUUCGACCUGUCCAUUUACCAGCUGGAUACCACCUCCCUCCCCAAGGUCAUCAAGGCUCAUGAGCAGCUAAAUGUCAAACAUGAACCACUCCAGCUCAUCCAACCUCAGUUUGAGACACCGCUGCCUGCCCUUCAGCCUGCAGUUUUUCCUCCUAGUUUCAGGGAAUUACCACCUCCUCCUCUGGAGCUAUUUGACUUAGAUGAGACGUUUUCCUCUGAGAAGGCGCGGCUUGCUCAGAUUACCAAUAAGUGUACUGAAGAAGACCUGGAAUUCUAUGUCAGGAAGUGUGGUGACAUUCUUGGAGUAACCAGUAAACUACCAAAGGACCAACAAGAUGCCAAACAUAUCCUUGAGCACAUCUUCUUCCAAGUGGUAGAGUUCAAGAAAUUGAACCAGGAACAUGACACUGAUACAAGUGAAACGGCAUUCCAGAACAAUUUCUGAGGACCGUGCCUCUUGAAGCAUUUUCUGCCUCCUGAUUCUCUCUGUAAACUAUUUUUGAAUCGUUCCUCAACUCCUUACCAAAAUUGUCUAUACACUCUUUCCUCUAUGAGCUGUGGAAGGUUUGUGCAUCUUCUGUACAGACUAUAUAGGUGUAAGAUUUCUAACUUACAAAAUCCUUGUGUA